AUUCACAAAAGAACUUUUAGUAAAAUGGAAUUUCUUGAAUAGUCAUAUCUCAUUGCGCAUGUGUCUUUAAAGUCGCAUCGUAUAGACUAUUCCUGUCGUCGAAGCUCUUCAGUUCCCACCCGCCAGCAAUUUAUCUUAUCACCAUGCCUCCUCUCGGAGAGGCAAUCGACGACCCUACGAACAGCGAUGACUAUGUUGCACAACUGCUUGCGAAAGAUGCGCGUGACAGCUCACUCAAGUAUUCAGCCCUGGGGAUGCAGGCUUAUAUGCAUCGAAGACCCACGACAGGAGCACCGAAGCCAAAUACUCGUUUCCUGAAAAAUAUUCUCAGGGAUACAGAUAGUCACAAUGCCGCGCUAAAGAGAAAGGAGGAAGAAGAGACGAGAGAGAGAAUGCGAAACUUGCGCGCAGAGAAGUCAUCGUCAGGUAGAUCCCGCCGACAUGACGAGGACCGCGAGCGAGCAGCAAAGAGAAGGCGCGUCACAGACCGCGAUGAAGAGAUAAGCUCUCGUCGCUCGAGGCAUUACGAUGAUCUGGCGGAGGAGGAUCGUUCGCGGAGACAUCGGAGGAGGCGGGACAGUGACGAUGAGGAUGACCAUCAUAGGUCGUCGAGGAGGCAUCGGCGACGAGACGAUGAUGAUGAGCGUCACCGUUCACGAAGGCAUAGAGAGCGUUCGCAGUCUCCUAGUCGCUCCUCACGGCAUAUACGAGAACAUGACCGAUCGUCUUACCAUCGACGCCAUAGAACACGUUCUUCCGUGUCUCCUUCUCGUUCCCGUUCGCGAUCUCCCGAAUCUUCAAGGCGCAAAAAGUAUAGGUCUCGAGAUCAUGAAGGCCGCCACAGCUCGCGAGAGCGACACAAGGUGUCAUCGCUCUCACCACGCCCCGGUGAUAAGCCCGAAACGCAGCGAGACAAGCCUGAGCAGGCGACGUCUACAACUCAGGAUCGUCUUUCUGACGAUGAUUCAGAUCCACUGGAGGACAUUAUUGGCCCUCUUCCUCCCGGUUCAAACAAAGAACCUACGAUCCGCACUCGAGGUAGAGGAGCAUACAGAACAGGCACCAGCAACAUCGAUGCGCACUUUGCAUCUAAUUACGACCCGACGCUGGAUGUUCAACUCGACGAUGAAGAAGCGGGCCCCACAAGUCGAUCCACUCGUCGCCCAGUCGCAGGUCUUAUGACCGAAGAAGACGAUUGGGAUAUGGCAUUAGAAGCACUGCGCGAUCGUGCUGUCUGGAAGAAGAAAGGUGCAGAGCGUCUCCGUGAAGCUGGGUUUGGUGAUAGUAUGGUUGAGAGGUGGGCUGGUAACACCGCUUUCUCUGGACUUGGUGACGGUGAAAGGGAGAAGAGCAUUGACGACUUUAAAUGGGCGAAGAAGGGAGAGGGUCGUGAGUGGGAUCGAGGAAAGGUACUGACCGACGAUGGAGAUGUCGACCUCAAGGCGCCUUGGUAGAGACGGCAUUCUUUAAUAUGAUACCCUGCUCUGUAGAUGAUAGUUAGUGGUCUCAUAACCUCAUUAGUAUCGUUUAGUGGAUAUCGCCAAAGUUAUCACAAGUAAUUAUGGUUAUGUAUUUCCUUGGCAUAUAAUCAUAUAGCAUACAGAAGUC